AACCGCGCUAAAGCCCGUCCAUGGCGGGAGGGUCAGCGUGAGCUGCGGCAGAUCGAAGGAGGAGAAGAGUUGCAAGAAUUCCUGAUGAUGGCUGACGAAUCACAGUCAAGAAACGCAAUGACCAACUCAUCCCUCCUCAAGAGAAACCGAUCGGCUCUUGUAGACAUCACCAACACCAUCACCACAAGGUCACGAGCAGCGAAGGAGCAGUCCAAGGUGAGCGUGGCAACGAGGGAGGAAGUGAAGGAGAUUUUAGCGAGAGAUGAUAUGGUCAUGUCACCGAAUGUUUGCGAUUCUUCGCUCUUGGAUGAUACCGAAACUACAAUGCGCAAUUCUGAUUUGGUCAUUGCUCAUGAUCAAUCCAACAGGAACAACACCGAUGGCUGUGGGGAAUAUGCUAUCGAGAUCUUCGAGCAUCUGAUCAACACGGAGAGGAGGCUGAGCCCUUCCUUUAACUACAUGGAGCAAGUCCAGCACGAUAUCAACCCAACUAUGCGAGGCAUCCUCAUCGACUGGCUUGUGGAGGUUGCAGAAGAGUACAAGCUUUCAUCGGAGAAUCUCUUCCUCUCUACCAACUACGUGGACAGAUUCUUGUCAGUCAUGCCUGUCCUUCGCUCCAAGCUUCAGCUGGUGGGAGUGACGUGCAUGCUGAUCGCAUCAAAGUAUGAAGAGAUCAAUGCUCCUCAAGUAGAAGACUUCGUCUAUAUCACCGACAGCACGUACUCAGCCCAGGAGGUGCUACAGAUGGAAGUUGUGAUUCUGCAUGCGUUGAAGUUCAACCUCACAGCCGUUACCCCACACAAUUUCCUUACAAGACUUUGCAGCCUCCUCAAUCAUGACCAGCAGACCAAACACUUGUGCGAGUACUUGACGGAGAUCACGAUUCAAGAGUUUCAGUACCUCAAGUAUCGACCGAGUGUCAUCGCUGCAAGUGCUGUCUGUCUGGGUAUGCAUACGGUACCCUUAGCCCUGUCCUCUCUGCUCCUCAUAACUCCUGUCGCAGCUCCGCAAAGACUCGCUCCAUCCCAUGUUCCUGCAAGUCCUUUCCAUGUGGCGCAUAGAGCUUGGCGAGCUCGCUGA